AUGAAGAACAACCUGAUGCUUUCCCUUAACAACGCCAAGGAUUAUCUGAAAAGCCGAAACGAAAAUGGCCAAUCUGUGUACAACCAUAUAUGCGACGUCAUCAAUUUUAUCAUCGUGGAAAAGCCAGAAAAAAGUUAUGAACAUUUCGAAAUGAUCUCUAGUCAUAUAAAGGAAAGUAAAAAGGGGGACUCUGUUUCUGCUCCGUCUAACGCAUUGUAUGCCUCUUCUUCCCAUCGCGGAAAGGGCAAAACGUCCAAAGAUGCCAACUCGAGGGACGUCAAUUUAGACAAUUACAUACUGCAAGACUACAUAAAAAAUAAAAAGGACUGGCUAGCCAAAAUAAAAUUCUCACUCCAGAAGAAAGUGCAGCCAAAAUACUCCCAUUUACCUUUUUUAAAAAAUUUUUAUGAACAAGCGAAAUUAAUUAACUGGGCAGGAUACCACAUAGGGAGCGAUUCUGUUUGGCUCAUUAAUGAAUCCGUGAAAGAUGUCCUCGAAAAAUAUAAAAAUGAACUGGCGUCCUUACAUUUCUGGGGAAUACUCAAAGGGGUAAAAAAAGACUACUACAUUUUGGAAGGCCUUCUAAAGGGAGACUCCAGCUUCCUGUUUCAGAAGAAAGGGGGAAAAUCCGCACCUUCGGAGGAUUCAAAUGGAGGGGCCUCCUCCAGGAGCGGAGGGUCCGAAUCAACAGACGGGGGGGAGCAGGAAGAGGAUGAUGAAGACGACGAUAACAACGAUGAUGAGGAGGAAGAAGAAGAGAACGACAAUGAAGAAGAGCAGGAGUAUCGAAAUAAGAACCAUAGAAAAUCAACAAACCGAAAGGGGAAAAAUAAAUCUACGGACAACCACCAGCUAAAGUACAAAAAGGAAGACUUUGUCACCUUCAACAAGAGAGUCAAUAGAUACGUCUACUGGGCAUCCGUGAACGGAACAGAUGAAUGGGUUCUCCUAAAACCUACAACCCCAGAGUACAUCCAAAUGGCUAGUAAAACAAAUAAAAUGCUGACAGGAGAUAUGAACAAAAUAAUAACCGCCUUCCCAAACAUUGCCAUAAAAGAAAAGCACUACCUCAGAGCUCUCAUUUCGCUCAUAUCGUCCCACACGCACAUAUCGCCUAGGAAGUAUUACAUCACCAGAGGGGCAGAAAAAAAACAGCUAGCUGGCAAGGGAAAAAAGGGAGCGAAAAAUCAAAACAGUGAUGAAGAUGAAGAUGAACAGGAUUACUCCGAUGCGUCUAAUGGAAAAAAUGAUGAUUCUAGCGAAACGAAAGAUGAAAAUGAAUAUACUGAGAAUGGUGAAGAGGAGGACGAAGCAGAUGAUGAGGGAGAAAAACGGAACGGAGAUCCUGACCAUGAUAAUGACAACCACGAUGCUGGAGAUGAUAUCCUAAUCGAAAAUAAAAAGUUCCAAUUCGAUGCAAAUGCUCUUUCACGCCUAGAAAACUGGGUUCACUGCAAACAUAACUUCCUCCCAAAUGGACAUGUCUGCUACCCCAAAGAUGGACCCACGAAAAAUGGGGGACGAGCAAGUAACGCCAAAAUGAAACACAUUAUUAAACAUAACCCACCUUUAAAAAUCCUAAGAGGCAUCAAUGCGCAAAAAGAAAACCAAGUUGCUCCCACGUGGAAAGUGAAGCACCUCAAUCCUGGCCACUACUACGGAGAUCACAGUCUCCACUACGAUGUAAUUGUCCUAUACAAUUUUAUCUUUUAUGGCGCCUUUACUGUUUACUCAAAUAAGCAAUUUUUUAACUUCUACAUUGGAAAUGGGAUAAAAUCCAAGCACUCGUUUAUUCAUACUUACCAGCCUGGCAAAGUCGAAUCAGACGAGAGUGAGUUAUCCGAGGUGGACCACUCAAGCUGA